AUGCCAGGAGAAAUAGAAGGCUCAGUACUUCUGGAAACUAACUAUUCCAGCCUCAUUAACUAGUGGGUUUUUUGUUUGUGUUUUGUUCCCCCUUUACAGAAGGGGUCCUCGCCGGUUGCUCCAGUUCACAUUGUCAAUGAAGAAUCAGCUGACAAGACUAAUUUGGGCUUUAUUCAUGCAUUUGUGGCUGCUAUAUCAGUCAUCAUUGUAUCAGAACUGGGGGAUAAGACCUUCUUCAUUGCAGCCAUCAUGGCAAUGCGGUACAACCGUUUGACUGUACUGGCUGGUGCUAUGCUUGCCUUGGGACUGAUGACGUGUUUAUCAGUUUUGUUUGGCUAUGCCACCACAGUCAUUCCUCGUGUGUACACGUACUAUGUGUCAACGGCACUGUUUGCAAUUUUUGGCAUCCGAAUGCUUCGGGAAGGCUUGAAAAUGAGUCCAGAUGAGGGUCAGGAAGAGCUGGAGGAAGUUCAAGCAGAAAUUAAAAAAAAAGACGAGGAACUUCAGCGAACUAAACUGUUAAAUGGGCCAGGAGAUGUGGAAUCAGGGCCAGGCACCACUAUACCUCAGAAGAAGUGGCUACACUUUAUUUCUCCAAUCUUUGUUCAAGCUUUUACUUUAACAUUUUUAGCAGAAUGGGGUGAUCGUUCCCAAUUAACAACCAUAGUCUUGGCUGCCAGAGAGGACCCCUAUGGUGUGGCAGUAGGAGGAACAGUGGGGCAUUGCCUGUGCACUGGUUUAGCUGUUAUUGGAGGGAGAAUGAUAGCACAAAAAAUUUCUGUUAGGACUGUGACAAUCAUAGGAGGCAUUGUCUUUUUAGCAUUUGCAUUUUCUGCACUAUUUAUAAGUCCAGACUCUGGUUUUUAAAAGCUUUUGUCACUGCAGAAGAGCAAGGAUUGGAGGCACCGAGCAGCUGUCCUUGUGCGGUUGUGUAUAUAGUGUACAGAAUUCUCGUUGAACAAGCACUGGAGAUGAGACACUGAACUUUUUAUAGCCAAUGAUUCAUGGGACUGACACAGUUAUGGACAGCUUCUGCAGUGGAGAUCUGCCUAUCGUCUGGUGUGUUUGUUCUGUGGUGCCUGCUCCCGUGGUGGGACUUGCGUGGAUUUCUGGCUUGCUGGACCUGGCUCAGCUGAGUUUUGAGGAUCUGCUCUCCUAAGUGUUGAGGCUUCCUCUUUUCUUCCUCUGUUACACAUGGUCCCCUUUCCUGCGUCUUCAAGAGCUGAUUCUUAAGGGUUCUCGAAGCAGACU